AUGCGUCAUGAAACGAAGGUCCUUCAAAGUAUCUCGGACCCUAUCUUCUUCUAUGAUCUGUUGGGAUAUGCCCCUGUGUGCGCUCAGGGCUUCCAGGACAAAGAUGUCAAGCCCCUUAUACUGCUUCCAAAGCUUGCGGCACCUCUAUUGAACCAACCCGAGCAUCCAGAAGAAGCUUCCACCUAUGCAGGAACCAAAAACUCAGGCCGAGCAAACUCCAACGGGCGCGCGAACCGCCCAAGAACAAGAGCCCGGUUCGUCCCAGUCGGCCACCGCUCCCCCGGUGACCGCUUACAGAGCAACGCCAGCCUAUCCCCCGGUUACCCCCCCCAGGCAGCGAUUCCGCCUACCCAGCCCCCUCCGCAUACGACGACGAGCCGGCCCACCGGUUAUGCAACCGGGGGAACGACCUACGUGUACACAACCGCGGCAGUUGACUACCCGGGCCAAGCCCCCCAGCCACAAACGUUCCGGGUGGAGAUUCCGGCAGCGGCAGUGACUUACCAUCAGCACGUGUGGAGCGACCCGAUACCCGACUUCCUUGCUUGGGAAGAAGACGAAGCGACCCGAAAGGCCCACGAAGGCGACAAGGAGAAAGGCGCCGCGCCGAGCGCCGCCGAGGAGGCGAAGCCCGCGGCCGCGCCAGCGCCGACGCCGAGGGCCGUGCCAGUGGCGGGCGUUUACGUGGCGCCCACUCCCAUCAGACCGAUCCCGGGCGUGGUCGUCAUCGAAGCCGUGCCAGAUCACGAGCACGUCUGGGGCCCUCCCGUGCCGGACCCAAUUGCGUGGCUCUUCUGCAUCCUCUUCUUUCCGUUUGGAGUCAUCGCUCUCUUCUUGUGCACGCACCGUCAUUGCGUCAUAUGCGGAGCGACAUUGUACGAUUGGUAG